CGUCUGCCAGGUGGGGACUGCCAAGCGCCUUUUUCCCAGGGACACCUACCACACGGAACUAUAACUAUAUUAUUGGCGCCUUGGGGAAAACGCGUCUAGUAUUCUUCAAACCUUUCUCCGUCUAAGGCACCGGCAAAAACAGUACACAGGUAUGCUUGCAAGGGUUCACCCGCCCUUGAUUGAACAAGGUUCAGGAAGAGGUAGAUCCCCCUUCGACAGCCAAGAAGGGGACUCUCGGGCGGUAAAUGUCAAUACCUAUUCCUUUUUAAACAAUGAUCAUCGGCGGGUAGAAUCUGUAUACAAGGCUUUGAACAAUCAAUAACUAUCCCUAUUUAGUUUAAUGAAGACGUAUAAUUGGUGCAUGCGCGAGCAAUUAACACAACAAUUGACGAAAAAGAGUUAUAUGAGGAAACAUCUAUGCAGGUUCUGUUAUCAUCAUCUACCUAAAUGGGGAAUUAAUUACCUGUCUUUCGUAUAACUGUCAACAGGCGCAUAGG